GAUACACGCGUCCUCUUCCGGGUGUGUUUGAAAAGACUUUCACUGAGCUGUGAAGCGAUUCAGUGUGUGCUCGAAUAAUACACACAGCAACUCAAACUCAAGCCAGGAUCAUUUAUAUGGAAAGAGCUGUGCAACAGGAAAGAGAACAGUUGUAAUCUGUGUUCAGGAAUGUCAGAAGCUAGUUUUGACUCAAAGGAUCAUCAAUCAGACCCUAAAGGACAGGGCCCCCAAAAUACCGCUGACUCUCUGAGCCAAUCAGAGGACAGAGAACAAAGCAUGGAUGACACACGUAUGACUGAAAUUGACAUCAGUGAGAAUGAGGAAGUUGGAAACCACAACCAUACUCUGAAUGAUGAUGGUGAUGAAGAUGAUAAUGAGGAUUCUCAUGCCCAGAGUAAGACUAGUGGAGUCCUUAAAGAUCUAAAGGAUAAUACUGAUUCUGAAACGACGAGCAGUGUGACGACAGAAGACAGAAAGGUGGCUAUGGCAGAGGAGGCCCAUAGAACCCCAGCUGCUCAAAUUUCAGUCACCAGAAAUGGAGAAGCAGACCAGAUUCACGAGGAAGUGUUUCAGAGGGAUGUGCAGCGUAGUAUCUCUUCUGGACCAAUCACAUCACACUCCCACAAUUCACCUGAAAACUGUGCAACAACUGAAGGAGUGAUCCAAGUGGGGCCCUACACAGGGGCGGCAAACCAGGCCACCACACCUACAGUUGUUCCCAGUCCUGCAGCAGCCAGCCGGCUAGCUCGCAGCAUCAGCGAUAGUCAGGAGGAGGCGCAGAAAGAUGCUUUGAGAGGGCAGCAGAAGGGAGGAGCAGUCGUCCUUGCUGAUGACAUGAAGGGUCCUGCCAUUGAGAAAUUGGAGCUGGUGAGGAAGUGGAGCAUCAACACUUACAAAUGCACAAAGCAAAUCCUGUCUGAAAAGUUAGGCCGCGGCUCCCGUACAGUGGAUCUGGAGCUGGAGGCUCAGAUCGAGCUUCUUCAGGACAACAAACGCAGGUACGAACAUGUGAUCAAACUGGCCCAGACGUUGGCCAUUCAGCUGGGGCAGAUGCUGCUGACACAGAGACAGCUAGGAGAUACAUUUGCUGACCUCAGUCUCAAGACACCUGAGCUACAUGAGGAAUUUGGCUACAAUGCCGAAACCCAAAAACACUUGGCAAAAAAUGGAGAAACUCUUUUAGGAGCGAUCAACUUCUUUAUCUCCAAUGUUAAAACUCUAGUGGACAAAACCAUAGAGGAUACUAUGAUCAACAUUAAGCAAUAUGAGACGGCGAGGAUUGAGUAUGAUGCAUAUCGCACAGAUUUAGAGGAGCUCAAUCUGGGUCCACGGGAUGCCAACACACUGCCCAAGAUUGAGCUGUCUCAGCAACAGUUCCAGAUCCACCGUGAAAAAUAUGAAAAGAUGCGCAAUGACGUCUCAGUCAAGCUUAAGUUUCUGGAGGAAAACAAGGUGAAGGUUUUACACAACCAGCUGAUUCUCUUCCAUAAUGCUGUCGCCGCAUACUUCGCCGGCAACCAGCAGCAACUGGAGAAGACCCUUAAACAGUUCCACAUCAAACUAAAGUUACCAGGAGGAGACAUCCCCUCUUGGCUAGAGGAGCACUGAUUGAUCCCCCUCUCUAUAGUCAGGUGGGAUACUCCAGAGUGCAGGGCAGAACACCGCAUGCCUGAAAUUUGUGCACUCCAUAAGGAAAACCAAAUGUCUUGCUAUCACUCCUUUCCCUAUUUUACUUCCUUCAGGACACUAAAACCUGUCAGUAAAUUUAUAAGACAGGAAACCAUUUUGAUAAUGAAAAAUAUUUAGCUCUUCUGUUUGUUCUUGCCAUGUCUGACUUUACACUUGAAGUUCAAUUUUAAAUCAGUUCUUUUUGUCUUGUUGGUGAAAGAGUUUUCACUCAAUAUAAAAGAAUAAUUUUGUUGUUUCUAAAUCAAGUUACCAGCACUUUAUGGUAUGAGAAAUUCAAACACACACAGGAAUCAGGGAGAAUUGAGGGGCCUUGUGAAUGUUAUAGUGCAUUUAGUUUGUCAAAAAGGACAAUCUGGACAAUUCAAAAGUCUAAGAACCUUGCCUUUUACCCAUUUCAAGACCUACCCUUGCUUGUAUAACUGCAUACAUGGAAGUACAGUGAUUUACAUCUCCAUGAUGCCGCCUUCGAGGGCACGGUGAUGUGAAUUAGGAGGAAAGGGUGCAGGCCAUUUUAAUACAGUUUUGACCUGCUGCAUUUACUGUCACAAAUGAGCAAAAAUGAUGGGUUGAUCUGAGGUUAUAAACUCAAAAUUGGCUUCUUAUUUGUAAUGCUUGCUAUACAUUUUUUUUAAUGAAUCUUUUGAGGAUACUGUGGGAAGGGGUGAGGCUUAAUUUCUGACUUGAUGUGCCUUUCUCUUUGUCAGUCAGCUUCAGUGUUGUCAGAUGAUGUGAAAACACAAAUAGACUCCAUUUACCAUUCUAUCAAGCACGGAAUGGACCAAUACGCAGCUGUAUUUGAAGCCACGGAUAAAAAAACGAACUUUCUAAGUAACCACUCUUUGCAUUCCAUUUCCUCAAGAACUAAGGCAGGAAACCAAACUGAUUUGACAUGAAACACCAUGUCAGAUGCCUCAGAUUUUAUAUAAUAGUUUUGUUCUUUUUUGUGCAUCUAUAAUUUUUUUGUACAUGUCGGAGGAAAAAGAGCUCACUAAAUCAUUCCCCUGAUUAUUGUUAAAAGUUUCCAAUCAGUUUAAAUCGGUGAGACUGUUGCACUUGGUAAAAUGAGAUUAAGCCAGUACCAGCAGAGACGGUCAGUUAAUCAUGUGCCAGCAACACGGCAAAUCGUUGGCAGCAUUCUACCAUGGCAGUAUGUGUCGGGGGAAAGUAUGCCAUAGGAAAUAAACAGUAUAAAUAAAGUAUAUAUAAAAGCAUAAAUAGACAAAAUGUGGGCACCAAAGGGAAUGUUAAUUUUCAUGUUUAACUAGAAUACAUAAAUAUUAACAUUUUGCACUUUUUUUGUAUUCUUGGAGACUCUUAAAACUUCCCACCUGAUUCUCCUAUCUACCUUGUAUUUCUGUGACUUUUCAGUUCUGUCCCUGCAGCAGACACACACCAAUGUAUAGUAAACACACGAGAACUGACGUGUAAGCAUAGACAUCUAUAUAUUUGUAAAAUGUUGUAUUUUACUUUGUGUAGAAAAUAAUUUUGCUGUGUGCUAUUUUGAAGAUUUGUUAAUGAUUCUAACAGGUGUUUAAGGAGAAAAUAGACAAAGUCCUGAAUGUUGGGAGAAAGAAAAAUUAAAUAAAAAUCAUUCUAGAGUA